AUGGCCAAUGUCACAGCGGCUGAGCCUCCGCCAGGACAGACGUACGACUUCGACUACUCCAAUCCUCACUUAUACAGGGCCAAUGUGGCAAUUAUCGCCAUCGGUCUGACACUGAGUACAAGCUGUCUCGCUGUGCGAGUGUUUAUCAAGGCACAUUUGCUGCACAAGUUCGGAUGGGACGACGGAUCGAUCAUUCUGGCCUGGUUCGCCUUAGGAACUCAGGCAUGCUCACUUUACGGCUACCAUCACGGAGGCAUGGGCCUUCACAUCUGGAAUCUUUCCCCAGCAAUAUAUGAAUCAUACAUCAAGGUCGUCCUCACAGCAGCCAUCAUCUACGUCCCAGCGCUUGCCCUCGCCAAGAUCAGCCUAAUCAUUCUUUACUACCGCAUCCUAUGUCAAGAACGUUAUCAGCAAUGGGCAUUAUCCACCCUCGCUUUCAUCGUGAGCAGUUACAGCAUAGCCCUGAUCUUCGCAUUCAUUUUCGGCUGUCACCCCAUCCAGAAGGCAUGGAGUCCAGCACUCACGGGCUACUGCAUCGAUCAAUACGCACUUUACGUUGCCACCGCAGUGUUGAAUAUCAUCACAGACGUUGCAUUGAUUCUUUUUCCAGUCCCUACAGUCAUAGGUUUGAACAUGCCAGCGAUACAGAAGAUAGGAUUGCUCUUCAUGUUCAUGGUUGGUUGCGCAACCUUGGUGACCGGAAUCAUUCGUUUGGUAACCCUUAUCCCUUUCCUAAACUCUAGCGAUCCGACCUAUAGCAUUGGCUGGCCGGAUUUGUGGAUUAAUAUCGAAGCCAACUUCAUCAUCAUCUGCCCCUGCUUACCAUUCAUCCGUCACCUCCUCCGUCGCUAUGCACCCCGCCUGAUCGGCGAGCAUAGCAGUCUCGCGCGUCGCUACAUGCAGAACUACACCUACAAUUAUACUCGGGAAAGCACGCGGGCACGACGGAAAGAAGGACUCACACAGUUGCAGGACGAGAUCGAACUCGCCGAGAACGGCCACGUGCGGAUUGUGAAAGAGAUCCAGUGGGAGGUCACGACGGAGGUGACGACCGCUGUUCACGGGUAUGAAUCCGAGGGGGAGAUGAACCGGCAUAGUGCCCUCUUCAGGGGAGACUAG